UGUCCUGGUAGCUUAAGGCCGCUAAAAGGAAGGAAUAGAGAAGAAGAAGAAAUGCCAUGACAAUGCAUGACAACUAUGGAGGCUAGAAGGAUGACAACAAUGAAAUGACAAGUCAAGGUUGAGCCAAAAAGUCAAAUUGUGAUUUUACUUUUAUUUUUCUUAAAAAAUAAUUAGCUAUAAUCAGGUUAGUUACGCAGGAAGAAUACAACGACGAUAUAGCAGAUGACUUUGAUGAGAGAGAAAUAUUUGAUCUUAUUCGAAAUAUAAACGAUCCUGAACACCCUUUAACAUUGGAAGAAUUGCACGUCGUACGUCAGAAUUUAAUAAGUGUCGAGAACGACAAAAAUAAUGUUUUCAUCAAUUUUACACCAACUAUUCCGCAUUGUAGUAUGGCUACAUUGAUCGGACUCUCCAUAAGAGUUAAGCUGUUAAGGUGCCUUCCUCCUAGAUUUAAAGUUAAGGUGGAGGUAACUCCAGGAACACACAAUGCUGAACACCAAGUAAACAAACAGUUAGCCGACAAAGAACGUGUAGCGGCAGCUUUAGAAAACAGUCACUUAAUCAAAGUUAUUAACCAGUGUAUAGCACCAAGGAAUAGGGCAUAAAAAUGGGACACAAAGAGCCUCUGUUGUUAUCACAAAGUAAUGUGAAUUCAGCUUAUCAAAAGUUUCGUCGAUAUUUUAGACGUGUGUUUAAAUUUGAGCAAAUGGACUUUCAAUUUGCGUUUUGGCAGAUGUUCUACUUAUUAGCUGCCCCUCAAAAAUUAACAAAGGUGUUUCGUGCCAGAAAGAAUUUCAAGUCUCAGUUUGCUCGAGAUGAUCCAGCAUUUUUAAUAUUGUUUGCUGCUGCUUUAAUAAUUACUUCAAUCGGAUUCUCAUUGAGACUUAGUCAUACGUUUGGACAAUUCCUUGUGUUUUUAGUACUUGAAAUUUUCUUAGAUUGUAUCGGUGUAGGUGUUAUUAUAGCCACCAUAUUAUGGUAUAUUACUAAUAAGUUUUUAAAACCAAAAAAUUUACCGCAGGAUGUUGAAUGGGGCUUUGCCUUUGACAUACAUUUAAAUGCUUAUUUUCCACCAUUAAUGCUUCUUCACUUUGUUAUGAUAUUGUUUUAUAAUUUUUUCGUAAGGGAAGGCAAUUUUUUCAGUAUAUUUCUGGGCAAUUCUGUGUGGCUCGCCGCUUCUAUUUACUAUGUGUACAUAACAUUUUUAGGAUACCAUUCGAUGCAGAUUUUGAGAAAAAUUAACUUGUUUUUGAUACCCAUCCCUUUGUUAGUUAUUGUCUACAUAAUUACAAUUUUUCUGCAAAUGAACGUAUCAAGUAUAGUGUUUGAAUCAUAUUAUAGCAAUAGACUCGGAUGGUAGUGGACAAAAAUACAUCUAAUUUUGACUCAUCCUGUACAGGGUGGGACAUGAUGGUAAAAGCCACACAUCGAUAUCUGUUUCGGAGUUACAGGGUGUUUGCCAAAAAUGUGCAUUUUUAACAAAUCACUGUAACUUUUUUGCCAUCGAAAAUUUUGUAUUUAUUUUUUUAUGAAAUCAUUUCCGAAGCACCUUUUUACAUUACAUAGAAUUUAAUGGUUUGGUUUGGUUUGAUAAUUUUUUUAAAAUUAAUAAUUUAAGAGCUAUCAACAGAAAAAUUUAAUUUUUUAUUUGGGACGCCCUGUAUAUUUUUAAUUAAUUGAAAAGAACUUAAAAUUACCUUUCCAAAGAUAUAGCACACUUGAUAUUUUGUUAUAUUGGGCCAUUUUUAACUAGUACGCAUUGGGCCCCUUAUUAAUGAUCUGCCCCUAAUGGAACUUGAAAACAUAUUUUUCCAGCAAGUCGAGGCACCACCUCAGAACGCUGAAGUUAUCAACAAAUUUUUUCAGUCAAUUUCGGGAAUAAUUGAAUAGCUAACCAAGAUCCCAGCCGUGGGCCUUCGAGGCCACCGGACCUAGUGCCUAUGGAUUUUUAUCUUUGCGGAAGAAUAAAGGUUCUUAUUGUUAAAUUGUCCGUAUAAUCUAGACAAGAAUUAGAAGUACUUAGCGGUUAUGCGAGGAUAUCUUUUUACACCUACUGAGUUAAUGAAUUCCGCAAGAAAUGUUCAGAAACGGUCCCGACUGUACAUAACCGAAGACAUGUCGUCACCUGUAGCAAAAUUUCAUGUCAUAAUUUGUUAUUUAUUUUUAUUGUUAUUAGAUAUAAUUUAAAUAUGUUGAUGUUGCUAAAUAUAGUUUAAACUGUUAUAAAAUUCUGCAUCUCUCAUGGUAAAUAUUAUUUUCGUUUUAAUUGCCGCUCAUAGCUAGAGUUAGAUUUUUAAAAAAAUUAUACAAAACCAUUAAAUUCUACGUAAAAGGGUGCUUCGGAAAUGAUUUCAUAAAAAAAAUACAAAAUUUACAGCGAUUUGUUAAAAAUGUACAUUUUUGAAAAAUCCCGUAAGUUCGAAACGGUAACAGAUAUCGAUGUGCGUGUUUCCCUUUAAAAGCGUCCAAUUUGGCCCACCCUGUACAUACCAUGCAAUGUAGUGGUUUACAGUAUAAUAGUUUUAUUAAAAUCUGAUAGAGACCUUUUUUGGAAUAUUUGAUCAUCCUUUUUUUCCUUUUUUUUUAAAUGUAUGUACUUGAUAAUGUCUGGCGCAAUAUCAUAUAACCAAUUGUUAAUUAAUAAUUAUAUAAAUUAUAUAUUUAAAUAAAAAUGUUUUAAUUU